GUACGGUAGGGUAAGGUAAGGUAAGAGGACGGACGGUUCGGUAGAUUGCGUUUCAUAGGUUGGCUAACCUAGGAAAUAAAUCAGGCAUAUUUACCCCAAAAAAGUAGAUGUACUGUACGGAUUGAGGACGGACGGUUCGGUAGAUUCCGUUUCAUAGGUUGGCUCACCUAAUAAAUAAAUCAGGCAUAUUUACCAAAAAAAAGUACUGUACGGAUUAGAUUGAAGCCAUCAUUCGUUAAAAGAAGAACAGAUUUUUAUUAAGUAAUUCCGAGUGCAAACUGGACUUCCCACACCUAUCUUUUUCUCGUAAUUAAACUUCUCGAAAAUCAGGUAGGUUAAAUAGACACCAGGAACGUUUCGUUCGACUUUUUCUCGCAAUAAAGGUCCUCGAAAAUCAGAUCGACCAAAUAGACAACAGGGAUGUUCGCAAGAUCAAUCAAAUUGCCGAAAAAUAAGCCUAUUUCAGGAUAAGUUGAUUAAAAAAGGUCGUUUAAUUUUCAUUCGAAAAGAUGAUGAUACUGUACGGUAAGCGAACAUGUGAGUAAAUUCUUAAGGGUCUUUUUACCUUCUUAUGUACGGUAUUUGUCUCAAGGUGUUCUUCCACUUCUUAUCUGCUGAUUUUCAGUCCUGACAAUGUGUACCAGUACUUCUUUUCUGUGCACAUUACAUUGUAAGUCAGUACUGUACCAUGUAGUAAAUCGUAAAUCACGAACGUGAUGGUCAUCCGGUUCUCACCUCUUUCACAACAUUUCUUUUUCUCGCUACCCAAUCGGCCUACCUAUCAGGAUGAAUCCUGAUACCCAUACCUCUCUACUGUAAUUCAUCAACGAUAACAGCGAUGCCAACGUCUCCAGACCAGAGUUCUGCGUUGAUAUUACUGUCGAAACCAAGGUUGCUUUGUUUGCAUGGAUCCGGCUCGAAUUCAGUUGUAACCCAAGCACAACUAAGGAAUCUCGGAUUCCACAAGUGCUUCGGAGUGACCCAUUUAGUCGCUCCUUUGCUGUGCUCUGGCGAGAUCGACGAAAAUGUCAGGUCUGUGUGCGAGGAUGGAAGUUUCUAUUCAUGGAUGAACAAAACGAAAGAUAAUAAAGGUUGUUUACCGGACUUAGUCGCGUCGCUGAAGUUCGUUCUUCGGCACGUCAUUCAAGAAGGUCCUUACGAUGCUGUAUAUGGAUUUAGCCAAGGAGCGGGCAUUGCUGCAAUUCUUUCUUGCAGGGCCAUCCGCAAGAAGCUUUUGUGGGAUAUGGGAGAAACUAAGGUUGACGAGAACCCCGCCACGGACAAUCCUUGGAAAUUCAUCUUUGCCGCAUGUGCAACACUGCCGAUUCCCUGGCGGGAUAUCACCCAUUAUUUAAAACUUAGCACCAUUACUUCCAUUGAAGUUCCAAGCGUUCAUUUGAUAGGUAUCGAUGAUCCUUUGAAACAAAGCUCGGAAAGAUUCUUCGACGAUUUCAAUGGAGACGACGACAAGAAGCUCCCGGUAUAUUUUGAAGGUGGCCACGAAAUCGUGAGCACCUCCGGUAGUCUAGGGCGAGCUUCCUACGCCGCAAUUGAGUGGUUUUCUAACUUCAAUCCGAAAUGGAUCUUGCCAAGCAUUGGAUUCGAUGAUUCACCACUCUGUGCGAUCGCGAAAGAGAUAAAUGGCUUCACUGUGGGAUCUUCUUCCCAAGAAACCUUGAACGGGACUUUUGGGCAAUAUCAGUUAAACGCCAUCUGCGACCGUGAUUUCGAUCUAAGCAUGAUGAGGCUACUGGAGAACGAAGAAAUUGAGCACAAAAUCGCAUUUCGGGCGCCCGGCAAGGCACCGAUGACGUAUGGUGCACUCCGUAGGUUUGUGAGGGGUCGGGGUAAUCUAUCUACCAUUGGAUGCACACGCGGCGACAAGGUGGCGUAUUUGACUCCUUACGGAGUGCUGGGUGCGGUAGCGUUUGUUUCGAUCUCGGCCCAGUGUACAGCGGUACCACUGGACCCAGAAAGCAGUUCUGCAGACCUCGUCAUGGCGUUUCGUCAGCUUCGACCAGAUGUGCUUAUCGUGUUCGAUGAUUUGGGGGCCGACGUGUGUGAACAAGCCAGUUCAACCGCAGCGAAUGCAGGGGUACGGGUGAUUGAUGCAAGCGGAGAUUUCAAAGAGGCUACCUUCUCGUUCGCCGAUUGCGAACAAAAUAACAAAGACAUAUUAGAAAAUAAAGGAAGUGAUACGUGCAUUCUCUUGCGAACGAGCGGUACAACAAGUGAACCAAAAGUAAGUCCCCAGGUUGAUGGACUUCAUAUAAAGUUGUUCGUGGUAACUUAUGGUUGUCCGUACAUCGCUUACUGUCAUAAUUCAUUCUUUUGCGUAUUGUUUAGAUUGUUCCCCUGGACACGUGGAGUAUCCUAACAAAUGCUAUCGCGAUCGCAAACAAUCUUGGUCUCCGGGACACCGAUGUUGCACUCAAUGCAAUGCCUCUAUUUCAUAUUGGUGGAUUGAUGACGAACCUGCUCGCAUCCUUUGUUUCCGGUGGGUCGUCAAUUUUUUUGCCCAAAUUCAAUGUCUCCACAUUUGCCGAAAGAUUGACAAAAAGCAAAGGCGGAGUUGUUGAGCCGACGUGGUUCAGCACCGUGCCUUCAAUUCUAGCGGCGUUGGAAAGCUAUGUUUCUUCGUCGGAAGAAUCGUCGUUGUUGCGCUCUUCCCUCCGUUUUGUUCGGGUGGGUGCCGCUGCAAUUUCCGACGAUCUGAUCAUAAAAUGCCAGCAGACGUUUGGAUGCAGGGUUGUGCCGACGUACUCGAUGACUGAAUGUAUGCCCAUCUCGCAGCCUCAACAAGACGCUACCAUUGUCGACGAACGGCCCGGCAGUGUAGGACGGGCACUUGCUGUUUCGAUAUGUAUCGUGAAUUCGAAUCUGGUGCCUCUGCCAUAUAGAAAAAAAGGCCGCAGCGAAUCAAUUAUCGGAGAGGUCUGCAUUUCCGGAUCCACCGUCACUAAAGGUUAUCUUUCGAACGAUGAAGCAAACCGCAGCGCAUUCUUUCGUCUAGCCAAGAAGUCCUGGUUUCGAACGGGAGAUCUCGGUUAUCUCGACCGAGAUGGAUAUCUCUAUCUAACUGGUCGAAGCAAAGACAUGAUCAAAGUCAACGGCGAGCAGGUUUCUCCGAUCGAAGUCGAAGAGGCCUGCAUGAGAUUUCCCGGUGUGGAGCUUUGUAUCGCCUUCUCCCAGCCCUCCAACAACAGUUGGGGCGAGCAGGUGGGAAUUGCCUGUGUGCUGUCGGCCUCAAACUUCGAUAGAGGUCAUUCUUCUCUCGUUGACGAGAUGGAAUUCCAAACUGAGUUGCGAAGAUUUCUCAAAGUGGAGCAGGGCCUGGUCGAUUGGAAAAUUCCAGAGCGGAUCCAAAUAGUUUGCGAGGGCGACCUCCCAAAAACCAAGAGCGGGAAAUACAAGCGCGCGGGGCUGGACAAGAUUCUGGACGAGGCCUAUCCAAGCAGUGCCACAAAUCAGCCCAUGGCCGAUCGAGACUAUUUGGCGAAGAAGAUGUCACCCUUGCAUCCUGCUGCCGUUGGUGUUCAAUUUGUUCUCGCUGUAGCUGUCAUGUACGUACACAUCGGUAACUUGAACGUGUGGGCGAUCGAUUCUCCGACCGAAGGUUCAGGAACCUACUACUACCAGCGAUUGGUGGAUCGAACAGGCGUGGGGGCGUUUUCGGAAUGGUCGAACACCAGGACGUGGUGCUUCCACACACCUCUGUUCUUUUUCGUCGGGGGAUUUUUGCUCGCAACGGGAACCCACUCCCCGAUAUUGGGGAAAAGCGCGCUCCUCGGCUUCUACAAGGUACGGAUCUUGUCCCUCCACCCGAUGUAUCUACUAAGCGUUUUACUAUGCGUGGCGAUCUUUGUGGUGCAGUGCCAUCCGGAAAACUUCAUCCCCGGGUUCGAUCGAACCCGCACGCCGAUUGAGGGCGAAGCCUUUGUCUGCCAAGCAGCCCCCGUCGAAAUGAGUUGGGGAGGAACUUUGAUUUCUUCUAUAGUGACGUAUUCCUUGCUUCUUCAAUCGUGGCCUGUGGCGAUACCGUUCACCUGGUUUCUGUCGUACUACACUUGGUUUUCGUCGGUAUAUAUGUUUUGCAUAUUUGUCUUUCCGUGGUGCCACAAACCAUUCUUUGCUGCAAAAGACGACCGAACCGCUCUCUGGAAGCUUACCAUAUCCUGGCUUGGUGCUCUAUAUGUCUUCGUCGGAAUUUUCUCUGCCGGGUUGGCCGUGAGCGACAAUGAAUCCACUCUCAAUUGGUAAGAGUUUAUAAACUACUCCAAAGAGACCUUUGUGUUGUGCAUCCAGACAAACCCAGAUAACUUGCUCACCACUGGCUGGCAUAUUGCUUUCAUUGUGUUUCCAGGUUCGCGCUCUCGAUGUACCUCUUUCCACCAGGUUGGCUGCCCUGUUUCUCUCUCGGCAUAGGGGCCUCGUUUCUUUUGGAACACUAUCGUAGAAAGGGCGAAGUCGCAAGGUACGCUAAAGUAUCGGGGCUGUUGACAGAUUUUAUCAGCCUUUUCUUGCUCGCUGGAUGGAUCUUUUACGGAACCUCCAGCAGUUCUCUCGCGGCGCCGUCUUCCGUAGUGACGGACAUCGGGGAAAGGUACUGGGCGGCUUACGUUUCGAGGCUCGUCUGCCCCCUCGGGUUUGUCUGGUUUAUUGGCCUCGCCAUCGGAAGGGGGGUUACUGCGAGGAUUCUAUCCCGGCACACCGUCGUCUGCUGGCUCGCACCGUCGAGCUACAACGUCUUUCUCUUCCACCAGCCGAUCAGCGAGCUAUACUUUUUCGCCACCCGGAGAAUAUGGUGGGCGUACCCAAAGAGCUUUUAUUGGUUCAGCCCGUACCCGAUCCCGGUAAAGACAUGGGAAAUCCCAAUCGUGAUGACCAUUGUGAUUCUCUUUUCGAUGCUGAUGCAUUUCUAUGUGAAUGGAGUGCUCAUCGGCGCAACAACGAACUGCAUUCGUUGUGGUUUCAAGGGCGAGAGGCAGCAAGACGGCGAAGCAUCCCACGACCACGGUCAGCACCACCCGGAGAUCAAAUCUGUCGCGACCAUCGUUCUCGAAACAAUCGCCAGGGUCUGUCACAUCGAUCCAUCGAGGCUGCGGGGCGAAACCGAUCUGACCGAGAUCGGCAUGUCAAGCAUGACGCUGCCAGUGGCGAUAUCGGAGAUCAAUAGCGCACUGAAAUCGCACCCGUCAGAGGCCAAACUCGCACUGAGGCACGUUCAGAGCAUGGGAAGCAUCACCGACCUUGUCUCUCUGGCGAGCGAGGGAGGAAGCAGCCGGGCGAUGCGAUCGUCGCUGCGUGCAUCGAGGCUCAGCCGCUCUGCCUCGAGGGUCAGCCUUGGCAGCUCGAGGCACAGCACAAACUUUUCUUUGUUCGGAAACAACAACGACGCCGAGUCCUCCGAGGUCGAGGACGUCGAGGAGGGGCUACGUUUCUAGCAUUUCACGGCAUGACACCGUUGUCGCAGCACCUUGUUGCUUGGUUCUUUUCACCAACAGAUUGCAAAGAAGCACCUGGUUUGAAAAUUCUUGACGAUACCCAUUCUCGAGUGGGCUACCGUAGUCGAAUUACAUCCAGCCACAUCAGUGUGCUCAUUCUUUUUAAAAAAAAUACUGAAGCAAGAC